GUGUCGUGGUGGUCGAUCACAUUCACAGCAACAACAAUGGCUGCUUCUUCGUCGUCUUCAUCAGGUUCAGCGGUGACGGAGCGAAGAGGAAUACCAGCUGCUCAGUUCGUCGAGGAUGUCCAGACUUACCUCACACAGUUAGGCCUCGAUGUUAAUUCCACCCUCGCUUUUCUCCAAGAGAGACUUCAGCAAUACAGGUUGGUUGAAAUGAAGCUUCUUGCGCAGCAAAGGGAUCUUCAGGCAAAGAUACCAGACAUUGAGAAGUGCUUAGAUGUUGUUGGUACGUUGCAGGCUAAGAAGGGUACUGGCGAGGAACUUAUUACUGAUUUUGAAGUGUCAGAAGGGAUAUAUUCACGAGCUCGCAUAGAUGAAACCGAUUCCGUGUGUUUAUGGCUGGGAGCCAAUGUUAUGUUGGAAUAUUCAUUAGAAGAGGCUACUAGUCUUCUACAUAAGAACCUGGAUAAUGCUAAAGCCAGUUUAGAAGUCCUUGUUGCCGAUCUACUGUUCUUGAGGGACCAGGUGACAAUUACCCAGGUCACGAUUGCCCGCGUGUAUAACUGGGAUGUUCAUAACCGAAGACUUCAACAAGUUGCUUCUACGACUGCUCAAGACUAGUAUAAUAGAUAAUUUGUUCACGCCUGGAUCUGAAGUUGGGCACUUGUACCUUUUCAAUUUAAAGUAUGAUUCUAAUCUCUCGCCAGUUUCUAAUUUAGAUGAGUUGUGGGUUGCUUCCUGCCUCUAGUUCCGGUUUCUCAACAGUAGAUCCUACGAGAGGAGCUAUUUUUUUAUAUAUACAUUUUGGUUGAUUUGUUAGUCUCUGGAUUAUUUGUAAAAUGCCCAUAUAUUAGGUUGAGAUGGGAAAAGUUUUGUUUGGUGUGGUCAUAUGGAUAUAUUCUACUAUGGGAUUUGGUGUUCCUUGUUUAAUUUAUAUAGCUGAUGCUAAUGUUACUCA